AUGCGGCCACAUUAAUCGCAGCAUUCGAAAAAAACGCGCAAAUAAAGAGACGCCGAAAGGAAAAAUACAAAAUAAAAUAAAAAUAUUCGAUUUCCUUCAUUGUUGAUAAACAAUAAUUUAAAAAGAAGCGCCAUGACGCUUUCCCGUACAAAGCACGCUAACCGCAACCAUCUGCCGCACUUGCUGACAAAAGUGCCUGAGGAGCACCAGGAGCCGAUCAAAAAUAUGUGCCUCAAGAUGAUGUCCCACGACGCCUAUGGAAAAUCGUACGACUGGAGUGCCCGUGACUUCGAAAUGGGCGCUCACUUGGGACGUGGUAAAUUUGGACGCGUUUAUUUGGCCCGGGAGCGGCAUUCCCAUUAUUUGGUGGCCAUGAAGGUCAUGUUUAAGGAGGAGCUCCGCAAAGGAUGUGUGCAACGCCAGGUUCUGCGUGAAAUCGAGAUCCAGUCUCGACUGAAGCACCCACACAUUCUGCGCUUGCUCACUUGGUUUCACGACGAGAGCCGAAUAUACCUUGCUUUGGAAAUCGCUUCAGAAGGAGAGCUUUUUAAACACUUGCGCGGAGCACCCAAUAACCGAUUCGAUGAACCGAGGUCCGCUAAGUACACCUACCAGGUGGCAAACGCCCUGAACUAUUGUCAUUUGAACAACGUAAUCCAUCGCGAUUUAAAGCCGGAGAACAUCCUGCUGACCAGCACCGAUGAUCUAAAGCUGGCCGAUUUUGGUUGGUCUGCGCACACUCCUAACAACAAGCGGAGGACACUUUGCGGCACUUUGGAUUAUCUGCCGCCAGAGAUGGUGGAUGGAAAUUCGUAUGACGACUCGGUUGAUCAGUGGUGCCUGGGCAUUCUGUGCUACGAGUUUGUUGUCGGCAGUCCACCCUUUGAAUCCAACAGCACGGAGAGCACCUACAGCAAGAUCAGACGCAUGGAAAUCGCCUAUCCAUCGUAUUUGUCGAAGGGCUGCAAGGAACUCAUUGGCGGGCUCCUCCGCAAGCAGAGCGCUGGCCGUAUCACCUUGGUGGAAGUUAUGACGCAUCCUUGGGUGAAGGAGGGAAUGGCCCUAAGGGAAAUGGAGCUCGAGAAACGAAAGCGCGGGAAGGAGAACACGGCCAGAAACUAAAUGGUUUCGAGCUUGAAUUUUUUAACGACUUUUUUACAAUUCUACUUUAAUGUUAAAUAAACGGUUUAAGCAAUUAAAAAAA